GCCUUAUUAAUAUAGCCCUAUAUAUUUUACCUGAAAUUAAUUUGAUUACAACAUCUCAAUUUUAUAGAAAUGCACUACUUAAAUCGUUAAUAAUUAAAUAUCUUGCAUUGGAUUAGGAGUUAAACUUCGUUAAAUAUUGUCGCCUCCGUCUUUUAAUGAACUUCCGUCUGACCAUAAAUGAGCCAAUCAGCUGAGCGCGCGAGAACAAGGCGCGAAACAACAUCAGCGGCAUCUAGUUACUUAUCUCUUAAGUUCUUCGUUUAAUUAUACUACAUAUAAGUUGGACGUUUUCUCGAUUUUUUUGUAUAACCGUAACUUAGUUGUUCUCUAAAACUAAUUUAAGUUUCACGGGGUGAAAAUCCAUUCUCGGUUCUUCGCCAUUAGUCCUCCUCGACGGCUGAUCAGAAGCCAAGAUGUCGUUGGUCCACACUGAAAUAAAAGCGGAAUAAACGCUGAAGUGAUACACCUAGUCACAGGAGCGAGUGAGUCACGGAAGAAAUCACAAUGUGUUCUAUUCCAGGACUCCCAUCUACGGGUUCAAAUGUACCCGUACUCAUUACCAAAGUAAACCUGAACCCGGCAUGUGUUCUGGUAGAGUUUUGGGGGAAUUUCGAUCAAGACCGAAAAUUUGCUUAUCAGCAACUGAAAAAGGAGAUUCAAUACCCCAGAGAGGGUUUUGGUGAAUUGGAAGGAAACCCUGGUGACUUGUGUCUUGUACGAGUGUAUGAAACAUGGUACAGAGCCCGUAUAGUGUCCAGAGAUACUGACGAGUACAGUGUGUUUUUAAUCGAUGAAGGCAGAACACUGCGUGCCACUGUAAACACUUUAGCAUGGGGCAAAAGUGACUUUUUCUAUCUCCCCCCUGAAGUUGAAUUCUGUGUUCUUGCCAAUGUCCUGCCACUGUCUCCUGAAAACAAAUGGUCAGCAAUGGCCUUAGAGUUCAUGAAGACCUUCUGUGGUCGAAGAGUCAAUGCCACUGUUCAAGAUGUUCUUGUGCCCCAUCGAACGUUCCUACUUGACAUUCCUUGCCUGUCCAGACAGAUGUUUGAAAUGGGCUUUGCCAAGAAGUUGUACAGUGAUCGGUUUGAGGAGUUUGUUGCCAGAUCUCUGCAGGCCAACAGUGGAACUGGAGAACCUCCGAAAAUUUCUUCCAUUAGGACCAAACCAAUUGAGAUCAUUGAGCAAAUAGAGAAGCAGCAGGCCUACAUGUACCCUGAGCUGCAAACCGAUACUGUUGAAACUGUUGUGGUCACAGAAGUAACAAGUCCAUUCCGAAUUUUCUGUCAGCUUAAGGUUUUCUCUCAGGAGCUGAAAAAGUUAACUGAACAGAUAACUCAGCAUUAUGAGGGAAGAGUUGGAUGUAAUUUUGCAAGACCUGAGAAUUUAGGCAGCCCGUGUGCAUCAAGAGGAAGUGAUGGCAAGUGGUAUCGUUCUGUGCUGCAGCAGGUCAUGUCUGCCAACAAUGUGGUUGAAAUUUUGCAGGUGGAUUAUGGGAAGAAACAGUUUGUUCAAGUUGAGAACAUCAGUCCACUUGCCCCAGAAUUCUUCAGGAUGCCUGUCGUAACAUAUGUGUGCUCUCUUCAUGGAAUAGCUGACAGAGGUAUGGGUUGGACAGCUUCACAGAUUGAUUAUCUGAAAUCUCUCCUGCUCAACCGCACCGUGAUCGCCAAGUUUCAGUAUCAGAGCCUUUCUGAAGGUGUCCACUAUGUCACGCUUUACGGAGAGGAGAACACAAAUAUCAACAAACUGUUUGAACUGAAACAGAAAUGUACACUGGAUUCUGAUAUGACCCUUACAGACAUUGCUGUUCAGAAGUGCCCAUCGUCUCAAAAGAGCAAGAUUUCGGAGACAACUGUUGCUGCACACAUUGAUGAAACCUACUCUGACCUUAAAGGGAACAAACCAGUCUUUUUCACAGAAAGUCUCACACCUAACACGUCGCAUCUGGCUGUUGUACAGCAUGUUGAGAGCCCUGGAAAGUUUUGGAUCCAAACUCAGCGAUACGCAGAUGAAUUCAAUCAGCUAAUGGAUGGCCUCGGAAAUCUGUACAGUGAUCCCACAAGCACUGACGGAUUGAUAAGAAAGCCUGUUGUUGGUCUCCUCUGUGCAGCUAAAUCCCAAGAUGCUGUGUUCUAUAGAGCAGCUAUCUAUAAGGUAGUUGACAAGAAAGCAGAAGUUUACUUCCUAGACUAUGGCAACACAGAACUAGUUGAUUGUUUCGAUUUGCGACAGUUGCCUCUGAGAUUUCAGCAGCUGCCUGCUGUUGCAGUAAAGUGCUCCCUCUAUGGCAUUAAACCCAGACUGAAACAUUGGGAUGAGAGGGCUACAUUGUUCUUUUUGAAACUCGUCGAAGACAGAGUACUUGAUUUGCAUGUAAAAGAAAAGCAUCAAGACACUCACAUGGUCCAGUUAGUGGAUCCGAGUUUAGAUGGAGAAAAUGAUGUGAGCAAGUUGUUGUGCAAUGCAGAUUUUGCAGACAGUGAAAAGAGCUUUGUGGAUAAUUCUGCCACAAGAUCCUUUGGUUUAAAACCCACACACACCUCUGGUGUAUUCUUGACAGGAGCUCGGCCUCAAAUGCCUUCCAGUUCUUCUGCCAUAACGGACAGUGCACCUGGCUUCAAGGAAUACUUGUUUCCCAUUGGAAGCUCACUGGAGGUAACCGUAUCCUACAUUGAAAGUCCAAAUGACUUCUGGUGUCAAAAAGCCAGAAAUGCAGCAUGUUUAGAAGUGCUAAUGCAAGACAUUCAGCGUUUCUAUGGUCAUAGUGAAUUUCAGCCACCUUUGGAAGCUGCUUGUGUUGCCCGUCAUCCUGAAACUGGGAUAUGGUACAGAGCCUUGGUCAUUCAAAAGCACCAAACACCUCAUGUUGAUGUCUUGUUCAUUGACUACGGACAGACAAAGAAGGUUGCUGUUGAAGAUCUUCGAAAGAUCACUCCAGCAUUCUUGAAGAUGAAAGGACAAGCCUUUCGAUGCAGUUUGUAUAACCUGAUCCACCCAGUAUCUCACUCAGCUUUAGACUGGAGCCCUGAAGCCACAUUGCAGUUUCAUGAGUUUGUUGACACGGCAUCGUCCAUGAAUGUGCCCCUAAAAUGCACCAUAUUUGCUGUAAUGUAUGACUCCCAGAAAGUCGUGUUCAAUGUGGUAGACUUGGAGACCCCAUUUCAAAGCAUUUGCAAUCUCCUUGUCCAAAGACGUCUAGCUGAUCGUGCACCCUCUAAGAAAGCUCCUCUUCCACCCUUUCGCCUGGACACCUACUAUUACUCCACACAUGGAGUCAAGACUGGAUGUGAAGAGGAAGUGAGUAUCACCUGUGUGAAAAGUGUCACUCAGUUCUUUUGCCAUCUUGCCAGGAAUUCAGAGGAGAUUGAGAAACUAUCAAACAAGGUCAACUCCCUAUGCCGUCAGCUAGAGGCAACCAAGUGUCCUCAGACUUUUGGAACAGUUUGCUUUGCAAAGUACACAGAUGGACUUUGGUACAGAGGCCAAAUAAAGUCUACAAAACCGUCAGUUGUGGUCAAUUUUGUGGAUUAUGGCGACACAUUGGAAGUUGACAAUUCAAACUUGCUUCCAGUUCCAAUUGAAGCAGGAGAGAUCAUGUCUGUCCCAGUGCAGGCAGUUGAAUGUGGGCUCUCAGAUAUGCCUGAAGAUGUGCCGUGUGAAGUGGGAAAUUGGUUUCAGAAUUUUGCGGACAGUCAUUGUUUCACUGCUUUGAUCGUGGCAAAAGACCCAGGAGGAAAGCUUUUGGUGGAACUUUAUGAAGGAAAAACUCAAGUGAAUGCACUGAUCAGACAGAAGUUUCGCAAUGAAAUCCAUAGAAAUGAAACAAGCGCAUUCAAAGGAUUUAGUUCAAAGAACAGAAGUGCACAAAGUGGGGCAACCCAUAUGCAGGAAAGUUCCAGUGGUCUAAAGCGAGAUUUUGUGGAGCAAGUUCCACAGUCCCGUGUAAGUCAUGCAGCACAACAAGGUAACGUUGAAUCAAAACAGCCACGGAGCAAGUGGGGAUUCCAUACAAAUGGUGGACUAGAACCAACAAGAGAUUUUGGGACACUGCAUAAUUCCCAGAAACAUCUUGAACCACAAAGAAAAUCCAGUGAUAGAGCUGAUGUGCAUCGCCCUUGUACAUCUGACAAAACUGAUGGUGUUAAGGCCAAGUCUCAGGCUCUUCUUAAUGAAUCGGCGCUCCCGGUGAAAGUAAUAAAACCAGGUCUAGAAGCUGAGGUAUUCAUCUCUCAUUGCAAUAGCCCUUGUAGCUUCUUUGUUCAGUUUGCAGCUGAUGAGGAUGAAAUUUAUUCCCUCGUGGAGAAAUUGAAUGCUGACCAGUCAAGGUGUGCCAACAUUGAUCCCAGUAAUAUUCAUGAGGGAGACAUGGUUUGUGCAAUGUUUUCUGAAGAUAACUCCUGGUACCGUGCAGCAGUAAGAAAAAACCUUGGUGACACAAUCAACGUCGAAUUUGUUGACUUUGGAAACACGGCUACAAUUUCUGCUUCAAAAAUAUGUUGUCUUGAUCAAUCAUUUGCUUCAUUUCCUAGGUACAGCAUCCACUGCUCUGUACAUAAACUGAAUGUUGAGAGUGGAGACCAAGAACUUGCACCCAACUUCAAACGGGUGAUUGAGCAAAACAUUGAAAAGGUCAUGUGCACAUUUGUGAAAAUGUCAGGCACCAUUUGGGAAGUGAAACUUGAUGUUAAUGGUGUAGUGUUGGGAUCCGCCUGCAGGGGUGAUUCUGCACCAGCAGCUGAGCUUACGAGCCCAGGUGUCAAGCAGACAUCUGAAAUCAUGGUCUGUACACAUUACAAGAACCCUGACCUAUCAGCUGGUCAAAUGAUCACUGGAUACACCUCACUCAUCAAGGGUCCUCAGCUCUUCUGGUGCCAGUAUGCGGCAACGGACAAACUUCAAGAGAUUUCAGACGUGUUACAGAAUGCUGGUAAUGCAUCAGAAGAAACUUUGAGUGAGGAAUAUCUGCCAGUUGGAAGUGCUUGCAUUGCUCUUUUCACUGAAGAUAAUUUGUGGUAUCGAGCUAUAGUUACAUCUAGGGACCUUGACACGCUCUCCAUUACCUUUGUUGACUAUGGAAAUGAAGCAAAAGUCAAUAUCGGUGAUGUUAAAGCACUUCCACCUGAGCUAUCAGACGUGCCCCCUCAGGCUUUCGACUGCCAGCUAGAAGGUUUUGAUCUUUCCAAGGGUUUCUGGGCUGAAGAGGCAGAUGAUGUGUUCUUUGAGCUAGUUAAUGACAAGCUUUUAAAUAUCACUGUUGAGAAAAUGGGGAACUCUGAAAUGCCACACAUCAUCAAGCUGGAUUGUAAUGGUGUUGUCAUCAAUGAUGCCAUGAGAAGCUAUUGGAAAAUUCAAAGUCCUGAAACUCCAUCUGUUGAACUCUUGAGUGGAGCAAAUGUGGUGUCCAUCGAUGCCUAUGUGGCUGCUGAAGUUAAUAUUGACUCAGUAGUUAUCCAUGAUUCAGACACUGACCAUGCUGACAAUGAAACCUGCACUUCACUUCUCAAAAUGCAGCAUUCUGAACAAGAGCAGCUUGAUUUAUUGACAGUAGUUAUCCAUGAUUCAGACACUGACCAUGCUGACAAUGAAACCUGCAUCUCACUUCUCGAAAUACAGCAUUCUGAACAAGAGCAGCUUGAUUUACUGACAAGUACAAAAGUUGGAAAUGAAGCUCAGGAUGAGCCACUUGAGAUGAUUACUGAAGAUGUUGUCUCACCUGAUACAGUGAGUAUAGUGCCCUCUGAUGCACAAGAGGACCUUGAAACCACAUGUGUCAUGGAAGGUGCUUCAGCUUUCACAAGUCCAUCAGACACAACAAACCAGCAUGCUUUUGCUAAAGAGACAGACCCAACUCCUUUUCCUGUAGUUUUGCCACAGCACUCCGAGGGAGCUACACCUAGUAUUUCCUCAGAGAACAUAGAUAGCUUCUUGAUGAAUAACACAGAUUCUCAAUUAUGCAUCGUUGAGGGACCAGAGUUGCCAUCAUUUGAGAUCAUUCAAUCGGACUUGGGCUAUUUAAGGCGAGCAACAGAGAAAAGGCCUGCUGGGUCAGAAUGUGUGAUAUGGUGUCACGUAAGAAGAAAUUGGUGCAGAGCACAAAUUUUAAAAAGUUCUGAAGAUGCUGCAUUGGUGUUGCUUGUGGAACAUGAUUCUGAGGUGGUUGUAGAUCCUCUCAACAUCUUUGAAAUUCUGCCAGACGAGCAACUGCAGACUUCAUGCAUUGAAGCUGUAGUUCCAAGUGAUGAAGUAACCAAGGAGAGAAACACUGGAUUUAAGAAUAGUCCUUCAAAGGCAGAAGAUACAGAAUAUGAAACUGUUGUCACCUCAGAAUCAGAAGAACCAAAUGGUGAAGAGAAACAAAUUGACCAAAUGGAUCCAGGUGAUGAACAUGCAGACCAGCCUCAAGUCACAGGGUUUGUGUCCUGCUCCGCUGUUGAAGACUCUGAGGCUGUGCACCUUCCCCCAGCGUGUCUACAAGUGCACGAUCUUGUUCAAGUACUGAGUCCUGAACCAGUAGAAAGCAAGGAUCCACAAGAGGAUUUAAGUACUUCAGCUGGAGAGCAAAGAGAGGAUCCUUCCAACGUGAGCACUGGAGUGGAUUUGCUGAUGGAUUUCCUUGAUGUGACUCCCCAUGAUAAGGGGGUGUGUGAGACUGAGCUCGAAACGGAUGACUUGCUUGAGGAGUUUAAUAAUGUUACUGAAGAUCUUAUUGUCCUUACCAGUGAUGGAACGGAGUCUGACACUGCAUCCGAUGGCACGCUUCACGGAGAUCCAGUUACUCCAGAAAUCCAUGCUGAUGCUGAAGAAUCUUCAUGUUUACAAGAAAAGUCAGAUGCAGCUGAUUGCACCAGCGCCGAGGAUUCACGUGUAACUCAUCUGACCCUGAAGGUUGAGGAUGCAUCUGACGAUGAUGUCAUUUUUGUUGGUGUUUUGCAAGAAUCCCAGGCAGAAGUAUAUGAGCCAGAGAGUGAAAAUGAAAAACAGAAGAUUGACUAAUAUAAACCUCUCAGGAGAUGGUUGUAUCCUAAGAGGCAAGUUACUUAUGUAAUGUGGUUUUUUUUUUUUUUUUUUUGUUUGUUUUGGUUAAUCACAUUUAUAGAGCCAACAGCUUGAUGUAUUAAGUGUUUUUGUCUACCUAAUACCAUAAACCACAUAAUAGCAACAAUAAGCACUUCUGCUUGUUCAUAGAGUAGAGCUGUAGUUUUGUUUUCUCCUUACAUCACUGUUUAGUGAUUUCUCUUUGCAGAUGAAGGCUGUUUUGUUUUUUCAGUUAUUACACAGCCUUUCGUUGUUUUCCUUAUUGCAUUUUGAAACAAUGUUUCUAAAUUGUACUUUAUCCAGGAAUUUUGUUGCUUGUUCAAAUGCUCUUAAAUGUUUACAUUUGUGGUGAAAAAGCAAUUUGCUGCACUUUGUGGAAACUUGAAAUUUUCUUUAAUAAAUAUGCAACUUUUGUGUCUUGUAUGAACAUUACUUGUUAUGUUGACUUUGUAUGAGGGGGAAAAAAAACAAAUACCAAAGGUCACAUAUUCUGUUUAAUAAACAAAAUCCCAUAUACAUAUAAA